AUGACUCACCAAAACCCAUUUGCUACCUUAAAAUACGCGGUUGAAGCCGUUCCUUUUUUCGAUGGUAAAAAUAUUCCGCUCAGUUAUUUUAUCGAAGGAUGUGAGGAAGCUAAAUCCAUGCUACCUAAAGAAGCUGAAGCACAGUUUACCAAAGUAAUAAGAACCCGAAUAGUCGGCGAAGCCCGACGAACCAUCCAAGAUCAAGAUUUUGAUACAGUAUCCAAUUUGACUUCAUAUUUAAAACAAAUUUACGGACCUUCUAAAAAUGUAUACAUACUACAAGGAGAAUUAGGACGCGUUUAUCAAAAAAAUGAAGAAGAUGUAGUUACAUAUGCAAAUCGCGUAAAAUUGCUGGGAAAACAGAUUUUAGAAGCAUACCGUAGUACUAGUCGUUCUUUACCUGAUCAAAAUAUAAAAGCAUCAUUAGAAGGUGACAUGUGCAAAUGUUUUAUCCGAGGACUCAAACCCGAAAUAGAACAGAGAAUUGCGAGAGACUUAGACGUGCAUGGAACCGUUGCUGACGCUUUAAGGAUAGAAAGAGAACUUCGGGCAAUGACAGAUUUACGACAGGGACAAGAGACUCACUCAGGUCAAAACAAGCCGCGAAUACGAGAAACUUGCCAGAUCUGUUAUAAAGAAGGACACGUGGCUAGUAACUGCAGGAAGCUCACACAGUCAUCCUCUUUGGGUCAACUUCCAGGAGCCUUGGGAACCGAAAUUCUGAUUUGCCAGAUUUGUAAAAAACGCGGACACAGUGCAGAUAAAUGUCGCCUGCACGAUCCUCAAUAUCGCCAACCAGUAAAUGUAAUCCAACAACGAAUUAUAACCUGUCAACUAUGUUCUAAAACCGGACACGACGCAAAAUUAUGUCGUCAAAAUAACAAUAGUAAUCAAGCCAAUAAAACCUCUGUAAUUUGUCAAUGGUGCGAUAAAACUGGUCAUUCAGCUAAUAAUUGUUGGAAGAAGCAAAAUGAACAACGCAAUUCAAUAAAUAAAACUACCGUUACUUGUCAAAUUUGCAACAAAAUAGGACAUAUCGCUAAGGAUUGCCGCACUAGAACGAAUUCAACACCUACAACCAACUCCUUUUGUCGAUAUUGUAAGGCACAAGGGCAUCUUCUUGAAAACUGUCAAUUACGGAUCGCGAGUAAUAAUCGUUGGAAAGAAAAAGAUCAGGGAAACUACAAUGGGCCUUCGACGUCGGGUGUGCGACAGGGGCCCGAGCAAGCUUCACACCCGUCCACUCAGCAGGACGCCAAAUAA